CGCCAUAUGGCAUUGUCCUGAUAUGUAAUCAAAGAUAACAAGUGGGUCGGUCCCUGUUUUAGCCCGUUUUGAAGAGCGGCCUGCAUAACGCCUCUAGACACCGUGAAUAAAGACGCCAGAAUGAGGUACCUAUUUCUCUGCCUGCUGCCUCUGGUUUUGGGAGCACCCAAAACACGAUUCGUUUUGGAUUCGUUAGGUAGUAUAUUUGACCAACAGAUCCUGAAAUGUGAUGUACAGCUUAUAAUUGAUGUGGUUGGUUCGCAUCCCACGGAACAAGCAUGUGAGGCAGAAUGUCACAAGAUCAUCGCAGAUGGACACUUCUUGAAUUAUGGCUGCCCACUCGUUUGCCUAGGGUUGGAGAGCUUCGCCCACACUUUACAUUUGGUGCCUGACCCCGUCGACGCAAAUGACCCUUGUGGCAGACCUCCCCCGAGUCUGGCCACUACAACUGCUUCAGAAGGUCGCUGAAAUCGAAUGUGGCUUGCUGUAAUAAAUGGAUAUUUAAAAUGAAAA